CUCUGACCACGAGAAUUACCUAUGAAAGCGACGGCGUUCGCUUUGGAUAGGAUUGACUCGUGUAUGUGACUGGAGACAUCUGCUUCAAACUACGAUUCGCAGCUUUUCCUUUAUACGCAGUGGGAACAAUCAUGGAAGAGCUGGCGCCUCUCGCGUCUCUCUCCUUGACACAUGUACACUAUGACCCUACCGACCCGGUGUCGUACUUCUGUGCCUGGCUGGCUCUCGUUCCCCAAGGCUUAUGCGUCAUGUAUGCUACUUUGAUCUGGUCUACACGGGAAGCGGAAAUCAUCCUUAUGUUUGCUGGGCAGUUGGCAUGUGAAGUUCUGAAUUUUGGUUUGAAGAGGAUAUUGAAAGAGGAACGGCCGAAGCAGAUGCACGGGAAGGGAUACGGGAUGCCUUCGUCCCAUGCACAAUUCGUUGCUUUCUUCUCCCUCAGCCUAACGAUGUUCCUCCUAUUUCGACACGUUCCAAAGAAACCUACUCCUUCACACACGCCGUUGAGCUUAGCUGCCAGAGUUGGACUUUCGAUAUUGGCAUUGAUGAAUGCCGGAUUGGUGGCGUGGAGCAGGAUAUAUUUGAGCUAUCAUACCCCGUGGCAAGUCUUGGUGGGUUGCGCUGCUGGAGCUGUCACUGCUGUAUCGUGGUUCUUGAUUACGACAGUCGUAAGGCAGAUUGGGCUACUGAGCUGGGCUCUCGAGCAAUACCCGACAAGACUAUUCAGGAUACGAGACCUGGUAGUUGAGGAAGACCUAUGCCAGUCUGGCUGGGAAAAGUGGGAGGCGAAGAGGAUAUCAGAGCAGAAAGCCACAACGAAGAAGAAAAGGUGAUCGUUAGAGAGGGUAUUUUAGGAUACAAUUUAUUUCCCUG